AUGGGUGAAAGGAAACAAUGGAGAAAAGAUCAUCCUGCAGGCUUCUCUGCACAUCCUGUCACAUUGCCAGAUGGAACUAUUGAUUUGAAAAGAUGGAAGUGUGUUAUUCCUGGAAAACAGGGAACUAUAUGGGAAGGAGGAAAGUAUAACUUGGAAAUUAUCUUUCCUGAUGAUUACCCUUCUGUCCCUCCUAGAUGCGUUUUUAAGCCUGUUCUGUUUCACCCUAAUGUCUAUCCCUCAGGCACAGUUUGUUUGAGCCUUUUAAAUCCUAAAAAGUCCGAGUUCGGCUGGAGGCCUUCGAUAUCUGUAAAAGAAAUCCUGCUUGGGAUCCAACACUUAUUAGAAGCUCCUAAUUGGGCAGAUCCCGCGCAGGCAGAACCUGUUGUUGUGCAUCAGUGCUAUUUUCUAUUGAGGACUAACUCUAUAGAAAGUCCGAAGCUGCAUAUGAAGAACAUGUGA